AGUAAAAAAUGGGUUGUUAAUUUUUCAGAGUUAAGUUAUUUAAAACUAGAUAGUGUAUUUCCAUUACUGUGAAGAGUAAACUUGACCAAACAGUAGAGUUAAAGAUGAGAGUCAAAUUCUGUGUACAUGCAGUGAAAACAUUUACUCUACAGCGUGAUGAAUUCCCUCAACGAUUCCCUUCCAAUAUUCCCGCCACUGUUUCUGAAGUUUUGUAACCUGCACCACGUCAGAAACUGCUCCGACUGGAGAAAGACGCCGUUUGAAAAUGCUGCUGCGUGUUUCGUUUGGUGGAGAGCAGAAGUACAUAAAGCUGCCUGAAGUAACAUUUGGUGAUUUCUUGAGAGAAGUUGGUGGUCCAGGCCAUGGGCGUACUAGACCCUUUACUGCCGACCAAGUCCUGACUGACGAGGAAGUGGAAUCCGCUAUCGCUGUGUUGAGACACACUGCUGAUGAGUACACCAUCCGUGAGAAGAUGAAAGUCACUUUCAGUUAUCGCCAUGCCAUGGUCAAUGAUAAUGACAAAUCAGCAGAGGUCUUCUCAGUAUUUCCACGGUUCCUGGACACACCAGGACUGAUAGAACAGGAUUUCAGACUUAUGUUUGGUGAGCAGACUGCCAACAAUUUCCUGGAGAGGUGGCCUACCACUUUCAAAGCAAAAGUAAUUAAGGAAAGCCAUGGACUGGUCCCCUCCACAGACCUUCUUGAUUUGAUGCGCAACGCUGAGACAUCUACUGAAGUCGAAAAUGGCUGGGACAGUGACAUGUCAACCAUCAUACUGCUGCUACAUCUGCUACCGCCAUCCGCACAGGGACGAAAGAGGCCAGGGAAGAUUUCAGCAUCUCAUGCAGUAGAUCACCUCAUCAAAUUCCAAAAGACGGGAACAAGCGUGCAGCAGCAUCUUGACACCAUAAGUCAAAGCAGUCAGCCCUACCUCCUUGCUCAGGGACCCACAAAAAGCAGCAUUACCUCCUUCUUCAUUGCUAUCGACAAGCAUGCACUUCCAUGCAAAGCAACCAGCGCAGUCGGAGCCCUGGAUGAACUCUUUAAGGCCCACUACGUCUUUUGUACAUCUUACAGUCCUGUGUUGAAUAAUUUCUUCACUUUUUUGCAAACCACCAUUUACAGCAUUGAUGUGGGGGAAACGAAGGAAACGCCAAGAAUCGCAGAGUUGCGAGUGCGAAUGGUGCGUUAAACAAUGAGGUGCUUUCUUUGCAGCAAAGAACUUGGUGAGGCAAAAAAUCUUAUAAAGCACCUCAAAGUUAUACAUGGACUCUGUACAGGAAAGACUCUUCAUCUUAAAUGUGGCGAAGUGGGAUGCUCACGUUUUUUUAAUA